AUGGUAUGUGAGACAUGUUCUUAUCAUGCUAGCAAACAACGAUCUAGUUUUCAUGUUUUAGAAGAUGAAAAACUUCCCGUAGAUUCCGUGCCAUUGAACAUGCUUCAGGAUAGUGUUACUAAUUAUUUAAUUAGUAAAAAAGUUAUAUUGAAGAAACAAAAAACAUUUUAUACCAUGACCGAAGAAGAAUUAAUUCUUAAUCGCUUGCAAAAUAUAGUCGAUAUAGAACAACAGAAUAUGAAUAUUUGCCCAACACAUCGUUAUACAUAUGGUACGAGUUUUCGGAUACACAAUCAUUGUUACCGUCCGGAUCAGCAGAACGAAAGACAAUCGAAGAAGAAAACUUGUAAAGUUGCAACAUUACAACGAUGCAAUAAUAUUCCGUCGUUUCCUAUUGGUGGUAAACCGUGUUCGAAACAUCGCACUAAAAUGUAUGCGCAAGAUAAUCUUACGACUAUUUCACAACCGUCGAUACUGAACACUAUGAUGUCCGCACCAGGUUCUACUGCUUCUGCAGCAAGUGCUGAAGAACGUGUGACAAGUCGAGGAAAAGCUAAUAGUCUACUAGCAGUAGCUAAUCUCAGCCCACUUCGCAGUCAAUCCACAGAUCCAUUGGAAGCACAAGCAAAAGGUUCAAUCAGAAGACUUAAAUCUAAAUUUAUCAAUGCACUUCAAGGUGUUGCAACAACAUUAGCCGAUUCAAUGGCACCAGGUGAAGGUAACACACUUAUUAACGGGUGUUUCAGAAAUAAACGGACUUUUUUAAUUUUGCUAUAA